AGUCUGCUCCACGGUCUCCAGUUGCUCGGACGCAUUUCUUUCCGCGAUAACGUCGUAGGCACAGUUUUACUUUACCCUAUAAAGAGACUUAAUAACAAAAAACAGCUAAAAAGAACUCUUUAGGUAACCCAGAAAGCAACCCCCCUCCUCACAAAAAGCCUUUGUAUUUGUACAAGGGAAGAGGCCACCAAAGCUCCCGCAGACAUAUUUCCACACUCUGCGAAGCAUUGAAAAAACUCUGCAACAGGUAUAAGAGAGCAAAGUGCGGUAUUACUCUGUGUCAAGGUGAAUAUGAAGGGAGAGCUAAUUUAAAAAAAAAGAAAUGAACAUAUCAAGGAAUAUUGUGUGUUGUGUGAUUAAAUAGGAAAGGAACAGAAAUAUCUCAAUAUGAUGUGCUGUCGAAGUGUGUGAUCGUGGUGGUGUUCCAGGUCCAAAAGGUUGCGGAGCAAAAAGAUCAGUGCUUGAGGAAACAUUUGUGAUAAUAUGCCUGCAGCGACUAUGUUCUCAAAGUUCAAAAGUGGCACAGCUGCUCCACAGAAUCCAAUCGACAGCAAUCCCAUAUCGCAAUAUUUCGAAAUUGGCCGACAAACAGCAGCAGCUGGACCGGAAUUGGUGUGGAAAAUAUACGAGGCUUACAAGAAAUCCGACGGCAAGGAGUGCUCAAUAUUCUUAUUUGAGAAACGAUGUGCGGAAAAAUUGCACAAACCAAAACGAAAGGAGACAGUCACAGAGCUUCUGAGGGCCUCAGUGAAGCAGCUGGAACGCUAUCGCCACCCCAAGAUGCUGCAAGUCAUCCAUCCAGUUGAGGAAUGUGGCGACACAUUGGCCUUUGCCACUGAACCAAUAUUGGCUAGUUUGGCCAAUGUGUUGGCCUUUCAGGAGUCAGGGGGCGGCAUAACGGGACCACCGAGUACAGGAGCCUCCCAAUGUACCCCACCACCUGGUGCAACGCUAAAAGCUCAACACGCCAAGGAGUAUCGAUUUCUAGAUAUUGAACUGAAAUAUGGAAUAUUACAGAUCAUCGAGGCCUUGUCAUUUCUUCACUAUUCGGGCCAUGUGAUACACAAAAAUGUCUGUCCCUCAUCAAUUCUCGUGACAAAGAAGGGAACGUGGAAGCUGGCAGGUCUUGAAUUUAUCGAACAUAUCAGUGAGUCUGAUGCAGUUGAACCAAUUAUAUGUCAACCAUGGAGUUCGAGACAGUCAAAAAUGAUGCAGCCCAAUUUGGACUUUAUGGCUCCUGAAAUUCAAAUUCGCUCAACUUGCAGCAUCCUGAGUGAUAUGUUCUCAUUGGGAAUGGUAAUUUGUGCAAUAUUCAAUCAUGGACGACCAUUAAUUCAAGCAAAUAACUCCACUUCAGCGUAUUUAAAGCAAUUAGAAUUGUUGGACGAUGGCGUGCACAAUAUGCUUCCCCGUGUUCCAAUACCCUUACAAGAGGCAACCUCGCGACUAGUCAACAAAGAACCAACUUCAAGGCCCACCGCUCAACUUCUUCAGUUGAUCAAGUAUUUUGCUGAUCCCGCAGUUCAUGCCCUCCAGUUUCUCGAUGUGAUAAAUAUGAAGGAUUCACCGCAAAAGGUGAACUUCUAUCGAACAACACUUAAAGACGUUCUUCCUUAUAUACCACGAAAAUUGUGGUGGCAACACGUUUGGCCCUCUCUUCAACCUGACCUCAAAACCCAGGACUCACUAGCAGCUGUUCUCCAGCCCAUCCUCGUGCUGGUCCAGGAAUCCACUGUGGAUGAAUAUGAAGAAACUAUUUUGCCCAUUUUUCGUUCCCUCUUUGUGUCGCCUAAAACUGUCCAGGCCACCGUGACGCUGCUGGAAAAUUUACAUUUAAUACUGCAGAAGACGUCCCGAGAUGAAAUUCGCCUGGAAAUUCUCCCACUCCUCUUCAAUGCCUUCGAAAGUACCACGAUCCAGGUGCAGAAUGCCGCCCUUGUGGCAGUCAUAAAUGUGUAUGAAUAUCUGGAUGAGAUGGCCAUCAGACGGAUGAUCCUUCCAAAGAUGAAGCUUGUGUUCGAGAAGAAUCAGAGUGACCUUAAGAUUAUGGCUAAUGUGCUGCAGUGCAUUGAGAAAAUCUUCGACAAGCUGGACAAGUCGCAGAUCAUCGAUGAGGUACUCCCACUUCUCUGGGAGGUACGCCUCUCAGAUCCCGAAAUAAUCCUUCGUGUUGUGCACAUCUACCGAAUAAUGCUGAGCGACAAGAAGUAUGGACUAUCCGUUAAUAUCAUGGCAACAAGAGUGAUGCCGUCUCUUCUACCACAAACCGUCAAUCCUUCCCUCAAUUUGGAGCAGUUUACUAUAUUGCUGGAGGUGCUACAGGAGAUGCUGGAUCACAUUGACCGACAACAGAGGAAUAAACUCAAGUUAGAUAAUCUGUCGAUUCCAUCACCAGAACGCCAUCGACCAUUGCGGCAUCAAUUCUCAUCGGACAAUAUGCAUGUGCCACCCUUUAACAUCCCCAAUCUGCGCAUCGACCAACGAAAAACCUCAAGUGCCGAGGACAUGGCACGGAAGAAUUCAACAGGUUCAGGUAUGCUAGGUGGAUGGUGGUUUGGUGGCUCCCCCUCUUCACCGGACAGCAAUUUCCUACGCGUUGCUAAUGCAUUCCCAAAUAGACGUCUCUCGGAUAACACGCUAAUGACACCGAAGAUUCGUAUUGCGCCCUCUUGCGCCUCAUCGCCAGGUGGUACUCCUGGUGGGGGACUCCCCAUACGUCGGCACUCCAGUAUCGGACCCCAAGAACGCCGCAGCUCCGCUAUCAAUCUCUCCCCACCAACUGGUGGUUCAAUGCCAAACACCUCAAGCAGUGUGCCAUUCCUACUCAGCUCCAGUAUGCAGUCCAUCCGCUCCCGGAGACCGUCUACGUGCUUGUCAUCUGGACCACUUGGCUCGGGUUCCGGCUUACUGCAACAACUCGGCUCGGGCAUGUACCAGCUGUUCUCCGGUCGAACAUAAAAAGUUUUCCCAUCCCCUUCGUGAACAUGUGAACACUCAUACGAUCACACACUGAGCGCUUAUCACGGUUAUCACGAAUCAUGCAAUUUGAGAUGCCGACGCGCCACAAAAAUGCCCCAAAAUUGUGGUUGGUUCGGACAGGGUAAAAACAGAUAUUUAGCUCUGUCCUCCCUAAAUUUAACGAACAAAUAUUUAAAGAAAGAAAAACAAAGAAAAAUAAAUACUUUAAGUGUGGUAAUACUUAUAAUAAUUAAAAAAAUAGAUUCUCUGUGUUUUCUUUUUCUUUCAAAUUAUUUUUUGCAACACUUUGUUUCACUUUUUUCCCCACAAAAAUUAUUGUCUCCCUCCAUAAGAAAAUGAAUACAAAGAAAAAAAAAUAAUUUAAAAAAUCCAUAUUUAGACACAGAGAAAAUAGAAAGAAAAAAAUCAUUUUAAAAUUGUAGGAUAAAGGUGAGUUCAAUAGGAAACUAAUAAAUAAAAAAAUGCAUUUUGUGGUGAAAACUAGAGAAGAAGAAAUGUUUUCAAUCUACAGAAAAGAAUAUAAUUUCCUAUUUUCAUUCACAAAAGGGAUAAAUAAAAUUGAAGUAAGAACUAACGUGUCUAUAAAAAGACUAACUAUGAAAACUCAAUUUUAGUUGACAGGUGAUAAUGUUUUUUGUGUUUAGAAUAAUACAAUACAAACCUUAUUUUCUAUUUUAAAUUUAUUAUUUUAUUUUAACUUUAUUAUUAUUUUUUCUUAAAUAUUGUUCUCUUUAAAAGCAAUAAAAAUUAUUUAUUUUUUUCCAAACCUUUUGUUAUUGCAACAAUCAAAAAUUUUUUUUAAAAAAUGUUUCUUUCUUUUUAAUUUUCAUUACUUCAUUUCACUGAAUCUCGUAAAAAUUGCAUCCAUUGCGCAUUUUUUCUCCCAUUUACUUUAAUUGUACCUCUUUCACCGCUCCCUACUAUUGCUUAAAUUUUCCAGUUUUAAUUAGAGCUUGGAAUUGUUUUUCAAUUAUCGAUUUAAUAAUUAAACCGGAAAUAAUAUUGAAAGAAUCUAAAUUCGUCGGAUUAACCAAUCAACACUGUUUCUUACCGAUUAACAUUUUUGGAUUGCCCAAUAAAAAUUAAAAGUAAGCCAAAAAUUGUUUGACGUCUUAAUCGGUCAAAAACAUUUCCUACCGAUUUACAUAUUUGAGUUUGAACAGUUAAACCAGUCUAAGAGAUACACCUAUCAGAAAUAUUAACAAUUAAACGGUUAAAGUGGAUUCUCACCGGUCAACAUUCGUUAUCGGACUAACUUAUUUACAUGUUAUUCCAAGCCUUAGUUUUUUAUUCACAAAUCUUUUAUAGUCGCUCCGAAAAUAAAACAAAAAAUUUUUAAUCUGAUUGUGACAACUAAAAUACCAGAAUUUCAUUUUAUUCAUUUUUUUUCUUUCCAUCAUUUUAUUCAUUUUCCUUUCAUUUUCAAUAUCAAAAUAUUUUUUUUUAUAUCAGAAAUUUUAUAUGAAUGUUGUAAAAAAUCAUUUUCAAAUCUUAUAUCCUUUUUCGGAGGAAAUUCUGGUAAUUAUACAAAUAUAAAAAAAAAAUUAAUAAAUAUUAGAAACGUGUUACAAAAUAUCUCCCUUUGUUCCUAUUCAAUGUUCCAACAAGAUGAAAUUUAUUAAAACCAAUGAUGGAAAAAACUAAAUGUGAAAAAUAACUUUAAAAAAUUAUAACUCAGUGUGUACACAUUUUUAGAAAAACUAAUAAUAACCCAUAAAAUAUAUUUCAGAAAAAAACAAAUUCUAUUAAUUGUUACAGUGUUUUCAAAAAGCAGAGAAUAUAUAUUUUGAAGAAAAUUGUAUAAAAGACUUUUUGAAAAAAAAUCUAGUAAUUAUAGAAAUAUAAAACAGAGAGAACAAUUUAAAGAGGAAAUGAGGGCUGGUUCCCCUUAAAAAGGAAAAGAAAACCUUAUAUAGAGCCCCACGCUGGCCGUGGAUAGUAGGUAAUUUUGAAAAGUAAAUCAUAUCAAUUUAUAUAUAUAGUGAGAAAAAUAUAUAUAAUAUUGAUUUACCACAUGAAGAUAAAAUCUUUGUUUUUUUUUUAUUUUUCAAAUUAAUUAGAGCUGCCACUCAUCUUAAUGAAAGAAAGAGAGUAAGAAAAGUACUUGAAAUUUAACUGAUAAAUUGCGUAGGAUGCAUGAAUAAAAAACCACGCAAAUUUGUGGACUUAUUCCUGAAUUAUAAAAGAAACUAUAAUUGUAAAAUUUACUAUCGUGUGUAUAGAUACAAUCAAAUUAGAUAAAAUAUGGAGAUAACAUCCAAAAGAACCAUUGAAGGUUUUCAGCAAAAGUUCAUAUAUAAAACCAAAAAUAAAUACAAAAAUAGUAUUUUAAACGGACAAUGGACAGGAUUCUAAAAUAAAUCUUUAAAGAAAUCUUUAAAAAAAUAAAAUUUUCAAAAAAAAUAAUAAAACAACACAAAAUAUAAUUCACAAAUCUUAAAGAAGAAGAAAAGAAGAAAGUGUACAUUGACAUCAAAAGGCGUAUAAAUCAAAAAAAAAAAUAUCUCGUUGUUUACAAGAGUAAGUUCUAAAAAAGAAACUUGAGAAAUAAAAAAAACAUGUAAUACUAUCGAUUAAUAACUCAAAGAAAGAAAUAAAACAAUCAAUGUCAAUUUGUGCAUUAAUCAAAGUCUAUUUAUAUAUUAAAAAAAAGUAAAAUACAAUUUUCAUUGUAAGAAAAUCCCCUCUAAAUUGACAAUCGAAUGAUGUUUUUAAGUGAAAAUAUUCUCAGUGAGGCAUAAAGUAACUUUUACAAACUUCAUAUUCAUAUUACACUACAUAAUUUUCACUAAAAACUUUUCACGCCCAUCGCUAUGAAAUUAUAACAUUCUCUUGUCUUUUUUAUACACACUAGCUCUCCUGUAAGAUUUUAGCAAAAUGCUCCAUAACACAUUAUAACUCAAAAUGGUAAUUAAAAAAAUUGUAUAAUAUAAUAAUGAACUUUUUCACUUAUUCUAUUUGAUAAAUUUUAGUGUAUAAAACACAAUUUUCAUAUCUUUUUCGCCUUCAACUGUACAUUUUAUCCCGAUUAACAAAAAAAAGUCGUCCAAAUCCUUAAUCUUAAGAUUAGAAGAUAGGAUUAUACAUAUAUUUUUUCAAUUAUUCUUAAUGCAGAAUGGGAAUAAUUUAGAGACUUGCAUUGGCAUAACCAGGAAUAGAAGGUUUGGGUGUCUGGACAUUCUAAAAGUUCACAUGGUUAACGUAUUUCUUUGAAUUUCAUCUUUCUGGAAAUUUUUACUUUAAUAAACCAUUUAAAACUACGAAUUAAGAUUCCCUUGUAAUUAAUUAAACACAGAAAUUAGUUUUAAUUGUGUUGCAAUUUUAAGAGAGAGAAUUUUAACAAGACAUUUAAAGAAACUUUCAAUAUUCGAUUUAGGUAUAAUAAUGCGAAAUCAUAGAGAUAUUAUCAACUACAUGGUAUGGAAGUAUUUUGAAUUCAAAAUUUGAUUCUUAAUUUUCUAGUUUCAUAUUUAAAAUGAACAAAAAUAUACCUACAUUAAAAACUAGAACAUAAUUUACUUAAAUAAUUACAUAUUCUAUUAAUUCAUGACCUCUCUCUACCUAUAUAAAAAAAAUUUAAAAUUUUCCGUUCUCACUUUUUUCUUAAUUUCAUUAACUGCAGCCAAUUUUUUGGCAUGAUUCUGUAUACCCCAAUGAUGGGGAUUUGAAAUGAAAAAAAAACUCUGUUGUCUGUUGCUCAAUGUAAAAAGUAAUGAGAUACAAGAAUUGUAAGGAACAAUCUGCAGUUAAAUUAAAAAGAUAGUAUAACUUAUAAAAAAAUAAGUAAAAAUAUAUUAAUUUAAGUGGUUUUUAGAGCUCAAGAGCAUGUUAACAUUAGAUAGAUAGGAAUGCCCAACGACAAUCUGAAACGUAGCGCUGCACAAUCGGAGCCGAGAUCUCAUUUGAAAUUUGCAACCGAGAACUCAGCUGAUGCACGUAGGUUUGUAAAUAUAAUAUAAAUAUAUUAUAAAACCGCCCCUACGGUUUUGCAGAUGUAUAGUUUUCUUCAUUAGAAAUCUUUAUAAAAAUGCUGUUCAAAUUGAGGAUACACAAUCACUUUUUCUCUCCUCUUUUCUUAAUAUUUUUUUUUUCUAUUAAUCGUUCGCUCUGUCGUUGUGAACUACUCCUAACACAUUUUUAUUAUAUUAAGGAGAUAUCUUAGAAAUAGUCAAAAAUAUAUUAUGUACUUACUGUUUAAAAAAAGAAAGAGAUAUAACUAUAAAUUGUAUAAGAAGGAAAUAAAGCAAAGGAGAUUAUAAGAAUUAAAACCACGUUAUCUUCACUGACUUUUUUGCCGGAUACGCGCAAAGAUUCUCUCGACUGACUACUCUUAUACUAAAUAGAAUGAAAAACCAAAUAAUGCUGUAAACCUUAAAAAAAAUAAAAUGCGUAUUUGUACAUCUCAAGUCUUUAUAGUCUUUAUAUGAUAUCUUCUUACCAUUUAAGCUAAGUCUUAUAGUACACACCAAAUGUACAUUUUUUGGAUAUACCUAAUAAUUAUCUUAUAGGCAAUGAAAAUCAAUACAACACACAAACACAAAUAAUCCUGUCUAAAUAAGGGAAACUUACGCGACUUAUUAAAGUUAAAUAUUUGUUGAAAAUAUGGGGAAAUCCUAACACGUGAAAAAAAAUUGUGAAGCAAAAAAAAUUAAGAGAAAAUAUUUUUGUCAAAUAAGAACUGUGUGAAAAAAAAAUUAGUAAAAGAAUUAUUCGAUCUCUAUUGUUCGAUUUUAAGAUUAAUAAUUGUAAAUUAAAUUCAAAGAAACAAUGUAAAAGUCUAUUGGAAAAUAAGAUAAAUGAAAACUCUCUCAA